UCGGCCCAGAAGGGCGGGGUCCCGUGGUGGAGGCGGGGAGAGGGAAGGACCGCACCGAGCACCAACCCCAGCUCGGCCCCGUACCAGGAAGCGCUGGGGGGCAGAGGAGCGGAGUUGAGACCGAAGCCAGGAUGGUGGUGCCAUCGCUGAAGCUUCAGGACCUCAUCGAAGAGAUUCGCGGGGCCAGGACUCAGGCCCAGGAGCGGGAGGUGAUACAAAAGGAGUGCGCCCACAUUCGGGCCUCCUUCCGCGACGGGGACCCAAUGCUCAGGCACCGGCAGCUGGCCAAACUGCUCUACGUCCACAUGUUGGGCUACCCCGCCCACUUUGGACAGAUGGAGUGCCUGAAACUGAUUGCCUCCUCCAGAUUCACAGACAAGAGGGUGGGCUACCUGGGGGCCAUGCUUCUAUUGGAUGAGAGGCACGAUGCCCACCUGCUCAUUACCAACAGCAUCAAGAAUGACCUGAGCCAGGGGAUUCAGCCAGUACAAGGCCUGGCCCUGUGCACUUUGAGCACCAUGGGCUCUGCUGAGAUGUGCCGAGACCUGGCCACAGAGGUGGAGAAACUGCUUCUGCAACCCAGCCCCUACGUGCGCAAGAAGGCUAUUCUGACUGCCGUGCACAUGAUCCGGAAGGUCCCUGAACUCUCCAACAUCUUCCUCCCACCCUGUGCCAAACUGCUUCACGAGCGCCACCAUGGCAUCCUGCUGGGCACCAUCACGCUGAUCACAGAGCUCUGCGAACGAAGCCCUGAAGCCCUCAGGCACUUCCGAAAGGUGAUACCCCAGCUGGCACAGAUCCUCCAGACUCUGGUGACAACGGGAUACUCCACAGAACACAGCAUAUCUGGAGUCAGCGACCCCUUUCUGCAGGUCCAGAUACUUCGUCUGCUUCGGAUCCUGGGCCGGAACCAUGAGGAGAGCAGUGAGACCAUGAAUGACUUGCUGGCCCAGGUGGCUACUAACACAGACACCAGCCGAAAUGCGGGGAAUGCGGUUCUGUUUGAGACAGUACUCACCAUCAUGGACAUCCGCUCUGCAGCUGGCCUACGGGUUCUAGCUGUCAACAUUCUUGGCCGUUUCCUACACAACAGUGACAGGAACAUUAGGUAUGUAGCCCUGAUGUCACUGCUUCGGCUGGUGCAGUCUGAUCACAGUGCUGUGCAGCGGCAUCGGCCCACUGUGGUGGAAUGUCUACAGGAAAAUGAUGCCUCCCUCAGCCGGAGGGCCCUAGAACUAAGCCUGGCUCUGGUAAAUGGCUCCAAUGUGCAAGCCAUGAUGCAAGAGCUGCAGGCCUUUCUGAAGUCCUGCCCUCCUGACCUACGGGCUGACUGUGCCUCAGGCAUCCUGCUGGCUGCAGAGAGGUUUGCUCCAACGAAACGCUGGCACAUAGACACCAUCCUGCAUGUGCUGAUAACGGCGGGCAGCCAUGUGCGGGAUGAUGCAGUGGCCAACCUGACUCAGCUGACUGGGGCCCAGGAGCUACAUGCCUACUCUGUGCACCGCCUCUACAAUGCCCUGGCAGAAGACAUCUCCCAACAACCACUGGUGCAGGUGGCAGCCUGGUGCAUUGGGGAGUAUGGGGACCUCCUACUGGAGGGGAACUUCAAGGAGACUGAGCCCCUUCAGGUGGAAGAAGAGGAAGUGCUGGCAUUGCUGGAAAAGGUGCUGCAGUCCCAUAUGUCCCUGCCAGCCACCCGAGGAUAUGCCCUCACAGCCCUCAUGAAGCUCAGCACCCGCCUCUGUGGGGACAACAACCGCAUCCGCCAGGUGGUGUCCAUCUACAGGAGCUGCUUGGAUAUGGAGCUGCAGCAGCGGGCUGUGGAGUAUGACACACUCUUCCAGAAGUACAACCACAUGAGGGCUGCCAUCCUGGAAAAAAUGCCUCUUGUGGAUCGAGGUGGCCCUCAGGUUGAUGAAGAAGCAAAGGAAAGCAAAGAAGCAGCCCAGCUUUCAGAAGCAGCCCCAGUGCCUAAAGAGUCCCAGGCCUCACAGCUCCUGGAUCUGCUAGAUCUCCUGGAUGGGGCUUCUGGGAAUGCCCAGCAUCCUCCCCUUCUGGACCCUUCUCCAGGAGGUGCCCUGGUACACCUGCCUGACCUUCCCUGACCUCCACCCCCAGCUCCCAUCCCAGAUCUCAAAGUGUUUGAGCGUGAGGGAGUACGGCUGAAUCUGUCUUUCAUUCGACCCCCUGAAAACCCUCCUUUGCUGUUAAUCAUCGUCACUGCCACCAACUCGUCAGAGAAUGAUGUCACCCAUUUCAUCUGCCAGGCUGCUGUGCCCAAGAGUCUCCAGCUGCAGCUGCAAGCCCCCAGUGGGAACACAGUUCCAGCUCGGGGUGGCCUUCCUAUCACUCAGCUCUUCAGAAUCCUCAAUCCUAACAAGGCCACCCUGCGGCUAAAGCUGCGCCUCACCUACAACCACUUUGGCCAGUUGGUGCAGGAGAUCUUUGAGGUGAACAACUUGCCUGUGGAAUCAUGGCAGUAACUAUCUUCACUCACAGCCUGAAAUUCUCCUGUUGUCCCAAACCCCAGGGGGCCCCAGCAGUUUGGAACCUACCCCUGAGGGCUACCAGCAGGUGGCACUCUGGUUUUGCACUGCAAAAAUUAGGGACCAGCCCCUUUCUCCCACAAAUAAAGCCCAAUAAAGCCUGAGAGGGGAGGAAAGCCA